CUACUUUUGAUGCGCCCCUUCUUUGCAGACAAUGGAUGAUUUUGAUGUGCUGAAAGUUCUAGGAAAGGGAACCCUUGGCAAGGUGGUCCUGGGGCGAGAGAAGAAGACGGGCGAAGUGUUCGCCAUCAAGGUUUUCAAGAAAGAAGCAUUUCUUCAAGAGGAUGAAGUAGAGCUAGAGAACUCAUUGACAAAGAACAGAAUGGUACAAAAGAUAAGUCACCCCUUUUUAGCGUCCCUCGAGUAUUUGUUUCAGACAUCAGAUAGACUCUACUUUGUGAUGGAGUAUGUGAAUGGAGGUGAGCUCUUCUUCCAUUUAUCCAGAGAUAGGGUGUUCACGGAGGAGAGGGCACGGUUCUACUGCGCAGAGAUCGUCUCCGCCCUUAGUUAUCUUCACGCACAGGAUGUCAUCUAUAGAGAUAUGAAGCUGGAGAAUCUGUUGGUAGAGAAGGAAGGACAUAUUAAGAUCACAGACUUUGGGCUCUGUAAACAAGAAAUCUCCUACAGUGACACGACAAAGACCUUCUGUGGAACACCAGAAUAUCUAGCACCCGAAAUCCUUGAUGAAAACGACUACGGGAUGGCGGUAGACUGGUGGGGCACGGGCGUGGUCAUGUACGAGAUGAUGUGCGGUCGGCUACCGUUCUACAACAGGGACCAUGAGGUUCUCUUUAAUCUGAUCCUGAAGGAGGAAGUCAGGUUUCCGAACCGGCUGUCCGAAGAGGCCAAGUCUCUCCUGAGUGGAUUACUGGAGAAGGAUCCUAAGAAGAGGUUAGGAUAUGGGCCUGAUGAUGCCAAAGAAAUCAUGAGACAUCCAUUCUUUGCUCCGAUCAACUGGGAAGACAUCUUUGAGAAAAAGGUGCAACCUCCCUUCAAACCUGAAAUUAAAAGUGAUGCAGACACAACAUAUUUUGAUCGAGAUUUCACACAAGAGCGCGCACGGCUUACUCCACCACCAGCAGGUACAUUGGCCACCCAGCAUGAAGAGCAGUCUCAAUUUGAAAAGUUCAAUGUAUACACGGAUGAUGUCCCCCUGCAAAAAUAAGCCAAGCAACCCCAUCUCUCUCCAUCUCACUUCUGUUUCGCUUCGAAGUCCUCACCCGACCUCUCCACCCAUUGGCAAUCAUCAAAACAUCUCUUCGCCUUCGUCAGCUUGCUCUGAGCGUCUUGUGGUAAUGGCUUUAGCGACCAGGUUGAGGGUUUGUCGUUGCAGCUUCAAUACUAGCUUAUCAUUGAAUCAUCGGACUACUCUACAUGGAGUGAUGAAACUUUGUGAAUCUGACUUGUGAUAGCAUUCAAACAAUCACCUCUUCAUGAUGCAGUUGACCUCUGACCUCUGAUGUACUGAAGAAGAGGAGGGGUUUCCAUAGCAACUGAGCAUGAUUAUUUGUCACACUUCAUACAGUGUCAACAUACAGGGAGAAACAAUGGAGAAAGAAAGAGCAAUGGUUGCAAGUUGCGAUAAACUUCCAGGAACAUUUGUGCUGCUUAUUUUGUGACUGCCAAAAAGAAGAAG